AUGUCCAAGCUCUCCCCUUCCCUCAAGGGCCUCAUCAACGCGCCCUUUGCGCGCCCCGGCCAGACGCCCGCGCCGCGCAACAUUGAGGCCGUCUACACCAAGAUCGCCGACGAGGCUCGCGAGAGGAAAUACGGCGAGAAGCCGUGGCUUGCGCUUUCUGCCGCAGCAACAUUCACCCUCAACUCGCCCUCCUCCUUGGAACCUCUGCUCACACUUGCCUCGUCCCGCCUUUCCAACUUAUCAUCGAACGCCACCUUGGAAUCCGCCGAAUUCAUCCGCGAAAUCGGCCUCAAAUGCAUCUCCUUCAACGGCAUCCCGCGCACCAUCAACAGUCUCAACGCCUUCCGCUCUUUCCUCUCCUCCGCCCACCCCCAGCUCUCUUCUUCCCUAUCUACCACGCCCUCCCGACAAACUACACCCCAAAAUAUUUCCUCCAUGCACGCCCGGGGUCGUCAGCUCUGGGAAUCGGUGUAUACACCCCUUGAUGCAAAACUAGAAGCCAAGCUAGCUGAGGCGCACCCUGACCUACCGGUGCAUAUCCUUGGCAGCCAUUAUGGGCCGUUGCUUAGUGACCCCCCUUCUGGGGAUAGACAUGGGCUGGGAAGUGUGGGACGGAGCUUAACCAGCGUCGUGGCUAUUGCGUGUUUGCGGGCGCAGACGGGUGUUGGGCCGCAGGUUUUGAGCCAUGUGUUUGGGUUGAGGAAGGCGGGCAUCGAGAGAUUGGCGAGUGAUGAAGGGUGCGAGUGGAUUUUGAAGAGCGUGGAUGCGAUUAGUGCGGCGAUGGCGCAGGAUAACGCGGCGGGAGGGGCCGGGGGAGGAGGGUUUGCGACGCCCAUGACGGGGACGGGGAUGGGGACGGGGAGGAAGAGGGAGAGUAAGCUUUGA